UGCACAUUCUCCCCCCUUGACCGCUCCUGCUCCCCGUUUUUCCCCUUCCCAAAUUUCCUCCCUCUUCCCCGUGCUGAGCUCGCCGCGAUCUGCCUCCGACGACCGGAAUAGCGUCGAGCGGCCGCUUCCCUUCUCCUCCUACCCACCCAUCUGCACCAGAUCAAUCCACUCGCUCGAGCUGGAUCGGGCCUUCCAGAGGAGGAACGGCGGCCUUGGAGAGAGGGCUGGGGUGGGCGCUUCCGGCGGCGAAGGGGGAGCCGUGCCUUGCCGGCUGCAGCGAAGAUUGGGAGUGGAGGUGGGGCAGAGCAGUGGGCUCAUCCGAGGCCCAGACGAGGGCUGCGAGUUGGAGCUUUACCCUAUGAAAGAUCUGCUCAGACUAGUUGCAGCCUCUCUGGUGGAGUGUACAGUAAAUUGUUACUGGGUUCAAGAAGAAGAACUGGUGAAGACAUCCAAGCGUGUUUGGUUAUUGAUUCCAUUAGAGUUGCAGCACAGUUUGCACUUCAACAGCAAAAUGAAAGGGAAAUGCUGGUCAUGUGCCAUUGGUUUUGGAAUGAGAUACCUGCACCAUUGAGUGAUAAAAUCAUAAAUGACCUUUUGUGACAGGAAGGAAUCAAAGAACUGUUUCAAUGAACCUCCUGCUAGACCUUAAGCAUCUCAAGCUCAUUAGCUUGCCGACGAGGCCUGUCAUUUGCAAAUGCCUUCUAGUAGUGAUUGGUCUUAUUGUAUUGAGAGCGAUUGUCUCCCCUUUUCUCGCCAUUAAUUUGUCUGAGAAGAGUUUUUAUGAGCCACCAACCCUUGACCUGUUCCCUGGAGUUAGGAAAGACAAGUUUGUUGAGGUCCCACAGAUUAUAUGGGGAUUGAACAAUCAGAAGAUCGCAUUUGCCAGGGCAUGCUUGACUGCGAAAUUCCUUAACAGGUCUCUGCUCAUGCCAAGUCUGAGUGCUUCACUUUUCUACAAAGAGGUUGACUUGCUGCAGCCUAUUCCUUUCGACAAGGUGUUUGACUUCAACAAAUUCAAUGCCCGCUGUCAUGGUUUUGCGAGGCUAGCUUGGUACUCUGAAGUUUCGAAUCAUACUGAACCCUAUAAACUCCAAAAGGGAAGUGGUAGGAGGUGGACAGUGGAGCGAGACUUGGAUCAGCUGCAAGAAUCCAAAACGGGCGAGGCCGAUAACUAUCAAGUAAUUCAUGUCACUGGGAAACAUCCGUUUCUGUGGCCUGACCAUUGGCCAGUGAAAGACUAUGCCAAGGUCUUCGAUUGCCUUGCCUUAGCUCCUGAGAUAGAAACUGAAGUAGUCAAGGUCAUAUCCAAGAUUAAAGAUGCAGGGGAAAAAGCAAGACACGAGGCUGCUAUUUCCCAUAAUAAGAAGAGGAUAGAUGAUGGUUCGUUGAAUCUGCCUGUGCAGUACAUUGCUGUUCACAUGAGAAUAGAGAAAGACUGGAUGAUCCAUUGCAAGAAGUGGGAGAAGCGGUCGAAUUUGAAGGAAAUCUGCAGCAGCAAAGGAGAGAUCAUUCAUAAGGUCUCACAGAUCACUGAUCUACGCCGGCCGGUUGUGGUUUAUCUUGCUGUAGCCGACAGCCUUUUAGAAGAUGAUUCAGUAACCAGUGGUUGGAGAGUCGGUAUGAUUGCCUAUGAGAAGAAGAAACUUGGAGUUACUGACAUAUACAAGAGGCAGCCUUAUCUUAUAAAGUCUGCCAUCGACUUUGAGGUGUGUGCGAGAGCAGAUGUGUUUGUUGGCAAUAGCUUCUCAACAUUUUCCAACCUUGUAGUUUUGUCUAGAACAGAAAGGAUGUAUAAGCUGGGGGUGGAAAGCUCAUGUGGCGAGGAUGUUGGGCUGUCGUCAUACGCGUACAAUGUCAUCGGAGAUGAUGGCGGGCCUCAAAGAUGGAUGACAGAUAUGUUGGACACAAGCCUUCAGCGCAUAAGCUACGGAACAAAUAACAUCUCCUGCCACUGACAGUUGGUUGACACGCAUAACAUCUGACUGAAGCACAAUGGAACGCAGGAACAUAGUUUUUGGCCGAAUCUUAUCUAGAAACUAGCUGCUCGACGGUACUUUCCAUGCUAGAAUCUGGACAGCCACACUGACAUGCCAGCACUGAUGAAAUGAGUUUGGCCAAGAGCUGUAUGUACUUUGUGAGUGUGUACAAAAGUUCUUUCCUGAGCUGUUUUUUAGUUUGCAGAGCUAGACCUGUGUGACACUUUCUUUGCUAUCUAUAUGGUUUAUUGAGAGCAGCUUUGCUUCACACUCUUGGACAAUUAUGAUGCUGCCACUGUCACCUGAACAUUUGUAUGAAGUGCAUUGUUUCGCUUACGCUGUUACUA